GGGAAUGACUGAGGGGAAGCUGGAGAGAGUUGAAACAGAAUUUGCAAUGUGAGCUCAGAAAAGUGUGCAAAGGUAGAAAAAAAAGAGCGAAUAGGUUGUAACUCCAGAAGGACUGCAGACUGCAGACCACCUGGGAGUCAAGCAGGUUCAGAAGUUGAAACUUCUUCACAGCUGAAGUGGUUAUACUGGGAGCACGCCAGGUUGAUCGGUUGACUCCUUUGUUCCCUGUGGCCUAAAUAGGCUGGACAGGUGCUCAUCUUCUAUCUACACCUCCUGCAGCCAUGGAGAAACAGCUAGAAGAGCUGAAGCAGCAGCUAGAAAAACAAUGUCUAAUCAACCAAGAUCUGGAGAGGCAAAAUAAGGACCUGGAGAAACGGCUGAAAGACAAAGAAAAACUUUUGCAGCAACUGCAGAGCCAGUACCAAGAUCUUGAGUUUCCCUCCCGGGACCCUAAUGAGGCUGAGCCUGAAUUCAGGACGAGUCGUGCAGCUGUUAUAGCCCCUGAACCAAUUCCAGAGAUGCUGGAGAUUUCAUGCAACAAGGUCAAGAAGUCGGAAAGUGAGACAAGUCUGAUUGUUAAAGCCAUCCAGAAGAAUGACUUCCUGAGCCGCCUCGAUGAUGAGCAAAUAGCCAUGAUGGUGCACCUCUUGAUGUCAUCACACUUCAAACCUGGGGAAGAAGUCAUUAAGGAGGGAUUAGAAGGAGAUAGCAUGUACAUAGUGGCAGCUGGUGAUCUCAUCGUGACUCAGUCAGGCCGGACCCUGAGGACUCUGACAAAAGGAGAUGUUUUCGGAGAGUUAGCCAUCCUGUACAACUGCAAACGGACAGCAACGGUCAAAGUAGCUAAGACACCUGUGCAUCUGUGGUGCAUGGAGCGACAGACCUACAGAACAAUUGUCACUAACAAGUCCAAGAAGAAACGAGAACAGCUCAUGGGCUUCCUCAAGACGUCUCGUACUCUGAAAGACCUGAAUGACGCGCAGUUGUCCAAAAUCAUUGACUCCAUGGAGGAGGUGAAGUUUCAGGAUAAAGAUGAUAUAGUUCGAGAAGGAACAGAAGGAAACACUUUCUACAUCAUCCUCAAAGGAGAGGUACUGGUGACCAAGAAUGUGAAUGGACACCAGAAGCAGAUUCGCAAGAUGGGUAAAGGAGAACACUUUGGGGAGCAGGCCCUCAUACGCGAGAUCUUGCGAACUGCCACUUGUACUGCUGACGGCCCUGUUACCUGCUUCUCUAUUGACAAGGAGGUUUUUGAAGAGACGAUCCCUGUAGAGCACCUCGAGCUGUUUGAUGACUCUAAAGUGAUGCAGGAGGCCAAAGCUCCAGAAAUGUCAAGUUUCAGUCCCACCUCCACUCUGAAGUUUAAGGAUCUGGUUCCUGUUUUUUAUCAGGAGGGACGCUAUCAAGGGGAUCCUGUCACACUCGGUGUUGGGGGAUUUGGUCGUGUGCAGCUGAUGACCACAGUGAAUCAUGGUAAAUACUAUGCCAUGAAGCGGGUCAGCAAAAAGCAAAUUGUUGCCAAGAGGCAGGAGGAACACAUGCUGUUUGAGAAGAAGAUCCUCAAAGCAAUCCAGUGUGACUUCAUUGUGAAACUUUAUGCAGCAUUUAAAGAUACGAGGUACAUCUAUAUGGUGAUGGAGUUCUGUAGCGGUGGCGAGAUCUGGACCAAACUGAAGGAAGUAGGGCGAUUUGAUGAGCAUGUUGCUGUGUUCUGCACUGCCUGCGUGGUGGAGGCCUAUGCUUACCUCCACAACAAGAACAUCAUGUACAGAGACCUCAAGCCUGAGAACUUGAUGCUGGACAUGAGAGGCUAUGUCAAACUGGUUGACUUUGGUUUUGCAAAGGAACUAAUUCGUGGUGAAAAAACCUACUCAUUUGUUGGCACUCCUGAGUACAUGGCUCCAGAGAUCAUCAAGAACCAGGGUCACGACUUUGCCGUUGAUUUCUGGUCACUUGGCAUCCUAAUCUUUGAACUUUUGGUGGGAAGUCCUCCAUUUUCAAGCUCAGAGCCUCAGAAGAUUUAUUCCAAAAUUUUGGAUGGAGAGCUCAAGUUUCCACCUUACCUGAGUGAGGCAGCGAAGUCAAUCAUCAGCAAACUGUGCAGACCUCGGCCAGGUCAGAGGUUAGGAAACACUAAGAAUGGAAUCAAAGAUGUCCGGCAUCACAGGUGGUACAGCAGUAUGAACUGGCACAAGCUGCGUAUGGGUCAGCUCGACGCUCCAACCGUAUGGCUCAUACGGAAGGGUCCCUGCUACAUCAACUUUGAUAAAUUUCCUCAGGACUACUCACAAGCAGAGGAGGAGUUGUCUGGAUGGGACCGUGACUUCUAAUUCCCAUUUUUAGUUUAAAGAAUCGAAGGGUGGAGGGUUUGUCCAUAUCAGCCCAAUAAGGACCCUAAUUAAAGCAGCUGACCUUACCUUGCACUCAAGAGGCCAAACAAAGAUAAUGCUACUGGGUAUCGACAUAUCACUCAACACAUUUCUUACCAAAUUUUCACACUCAUUAUAGUGAAGCUGCAGGGAAUCACUUUGACAAUAUGUGCUGAAGCUCCUCUGUUGCAAUGCUGAAUCACACACAGACGCAUCUCUUCAGCCAAGUAGGAGGUGUUGAGACAAGAUAUUGGGACUUUGCGUUUUCAUAUUCAGUGCAAAUAGAUUUGGUAGCUGAUGAAUAAGUGUUAAAUCCAUAAAACACCUUCUAGUGAUCAUGCUAAGAACACCGCCAGUAGCUCAAGUGCUUCAGACGUAUGGUAAAAUUUGUAUAAGGAGUCAUUGCUGACAAAGCAGGACAAUAAGAUUAAUACUGAUGUCAUACACUUGUGUUCAAAAUAAAAACCAGAUCAAUCAAUAGGUAUGGGGACAAAUAAUAUUUCUACAUGGCAGAUAAUUUACUAGUAGGUGUAAUAGAGCAAUAAAAACCCAACAGACCCAACAGUCACAACUUGCAGCUGAUUCGUGCAAUUGUGUAAUCGUGUAAUCAACAAGACAAUAACCCAAAACACACCAGUGAGCGAGCAACAUAUUGGAUCCAGACCAAUGAGAAUAACGUAAAGAAGCUGCCAGCCCAAUCCGAGAACCUUAAUCCUAGGGAGAACCUGUGGGUUGACAUCAGGCAUGUUGUUUCGGAGGCAAAAUCAAGAAAUGAAGAGGAAUUGUGCAAUGUGGUCCAAUUGUCCUGGGCUGGAAAACUUGCAGUUCCCAGAAGCAGUGGUUAUUCAACUAAAUAUUGAUUCAGUGGUUCACAGGAAAGCUAAAUCUUCAGCAUUUUUUUCAUUUACACAGUGAAUGUUUGAGUUUGUAAAGAAAAAAAGCAGACCCCGACUGAUAACAAAUUUUAAUUAAGUUUGAUUUGGAAAUAAAAGUUAUUUGAAUUUUGAGCUUUACUGCUAUUUUAUAUACCAUACUGCUAAUAUCUUGAGCACAAUUGAUCUUCCAAGUUUGUUGUUCUUUGGGUCCACGUAGUUCGUGAUAAAGCUCGGCUCGUGUUAAAGCUUUAAAUACUUUAAUAUUUGUAAACUUUUUUUUUUACCCAUUGUUGACUUAUUUCUUCAUGUUUUUAUUGAGGUGUUCAAGCACAUCUUGAUCAAAAACUAAAUGACUUUUGUUCUUGAA